AUGGCCAAUAAAGUGUUCACUGAUCCUAAAGUUUCAUAUUGCUUCCAUGUUCGUGCCUGGUGUUAUUUAUCACAAGUAUACAAUAAAAGAGAUUUAUUGCUUGAGAUUUUAAGCUACGUCUCUAUUUCUUCAGCUGGUAUUCUUCAAAUGGCUGAUGCAGAUUUGGAGUUAAUGUUGUAUGAAACACUGAAGCAGAAAACGUACCUCAUAGUUAUGGAUGAUAUGUGGAAAACUGGGGCUGGGGAUCACUUGGGCAGAUCAUUAGGCAAUGAAGAAAUGGAAAGCAGGAUAUUUCAUGAACAAGACUGUCCAGAUGAACUUUUAGAAGUUGGAAUGCCAAACUCUAGAAGUUGUAGAGGACUACCCCAGGCAAUUGUUGCAAUAGCUGGUGUCCUUGAAAGAGCAUACAGAACAGAAGAUUGGUGGGAGCAAAUUGCAUAA